CGUCUACAACAGCUGAUGCUCGGGUUCGGGGCACACGUCAAAAGCAGCACACAUCUCAUAUACACUCUACUGAAACAUCUCCAGUCGUGAGUGUGUGCUGAAAAACAUUCAAUUUCCUGUGAAAUUGGGGGCCGGAAUUUUUGUUUAAUGUAUUUAGCAUACACUACCGGUGUGUUUUGUUCGAGUAUUUUUAAACGGGCUAGCAGCUGAUGUAAUAAGAUGUACGCUAUUUUCUCUUUACUGGAGACCUACUACUGUGAUACAAGAACAACGUAUUGUGCGGGCGGCACAUGGUACAUGUACUAACUGCUGAUUAUAAUUACGAUUUCUGUGUAGCUACAUUGCACGAGAAUCCGCCGGGAGUACCAGAAACAGGGAGGAAUACCCACGGGCGGGUGAGACGGGGAGGCCCGGUGAGGUGACCGCUGAUCGACGCAGUGUUUUCCGUUUUUACGGGAGGUGGUGCCUCCAUUAUCAACAACACAUCCAUAUUGUUGACAGCUAAUCGAACCGGCCUUGACAAGAGAAGUUUCGAAUCUUAAAUAUGGGUGGCCAUACUCGGCAAAGACAACACCAGUUUUCCGCUGUUGUAGUUCUCGUUCUACUAUCAACACAGUGUUGCUCACAAGUAACAGAAACAGUACCCAAAGAGCCGUCGGAAUUGGAAGAUAAUGUAUGCUCUGGAGGGAGGACUUGCGGGGACUGUACUGCCAUUGAUCCCACAUGUGGCUGGUGUGCACAACAGGGUUAUACUGAAGAUACCGGCUUCCUAAGAUGUGAUCUACUUCAGAACUUAAUCAACAAAACAUGCCUCGAUAUUACCUACCCAGUCAGCAGUGUCGGCAUAGAAGAGAAUGAAGAGCUAAGAGAUGCAGAUCCAGUUCUAGGUGAUCCUGUCCAAGUUGCACCCCAGAAAAUCAGACUGAAACUACGACCUGGUCAAAGUGUGAAUCUGAGUGUAUCUGUGCGCCAGGCAAGGGAUUACCCGGUGGACCUCUAUUACGUCAUGGAUUUAAGCGGAUCCAUGAAAGAUGAUUUAGAAAAUCUCAAGCAGUUAGCAAAUACACUAGCCGAGGAGAUGGGGGAAAUUACGAGAAACUUCCGACUUGGUUUUGGCUCCUUCGUCGAGAAAACGUUAUCACCCUUUGUAAAUACUGCUCCUAGCAGUCUUUUAGAGCCGUGUCCAGAUUGCCAGCCGCCUUACAACUUCAGAAAUCACCUCCCUUUGGACGUGAACACGGACUUGUUUUCGGACAGAGUAAAUGAGACCUCAUACUCUGGGAACCUGGACAGUCCCGAGGCCGGUCUGGAUGCCCUUAUGCAGAUCACAGUAUGCAAAGAAUUAAUAGGUUGGCUGCCUAAAGCAAGACACAUCGUGGUUUACGUUAGCGACGAUGCCUUCCAUAUUGCUGGCGACGGGAAGUUACUUGGGAUUGUGAAUCCAAAUGAUGGAGAGUGUCACCUGAAUAGUGAAACAGGCUAUAACGACAGGGCCAACGAAUUUGAUUAUCCGUCCGUUGGGCAUUUGAACUUCCGCAUGAGAGAGCAGAAUGUCAUUCCUAUUUUCGCGGUAACGGCGAGCCACACCGGCCUUUACCGGGAACUCGCAAAUUUCAUCGAGGGAUCAACUGUUGGCAUCUUGGCCCCAGACUCUUCUAACGUGGUGGCCUUGAUCAAGGAAAAUUACGAUAAAAUCACCUCAAAGGUGCAAAUCUCCGACAAUGCUCCGGAAAACCUAGCCGUUACCUACACGUCUCGGUGUCUGGACGAGGCGCCAAACCCCGGGUCCAAAGUCUGCCUUGGUCUCAAGCUAGGUGAGGUUGUCAGUUUUGACGUCACGGUGGAAGCUACCAGUUGCCAUGACAAUACCGAGCAAAGUUUCAACAUCGGACCGAUUGGUUUUGAAGAAGCUUUAGAGAUCUCAGUGGUAGUGACAUGCAGCUGUGAUUGCGAAGAUUUGUCGAUUCCCAACAGCGACUAUUGUUCCAAUGGAAACGGUACGUUGUCUUGCGGGCAGUGUGUGUGUGAUGCAGGACGUUACGGUAAACUCUGUGAGUGUAGCAGCGGUGAAGACAUCGAGGUAUCAUUCAGAGACAAGUAUGAGAACGUGGCAUCGUGUAGAGCGAGCAGUAACUCGUCCAUUGCGUGUUCUGGACGAGGUGAAUGUAUAUGCGGGGAAUGUGCUUGCUUUGAAAGACCGGACAAGAAAGAGGUGAUAUCUGGACGGUUCUGUGAGUGUGAUAACUUCUCAUGUGAGCGGUACAAAGGGCAACUAUGUGGAGGGCCAGACCGAGGCCAGUGUGUAUGCGAUGAAAAGAGCAGACGCAGUGUUUGUAAAUGCAAACCAGGUUUCAGUGGUGACGCAUGCGACUGUCCCAUAUCAACCGCUGGAUGUGUGGCUUCAAAUGGGCUGAUGUGUAACGCCAACGGGGUAUGUGAAUGCAACCGCUGCAAAUGCGAUGCAAACUCGCCAUUUAAAGGUUCCACAUGUGAAACAUGCAAGACCUGCAUCGGUAAAUGUUCUUCUUACCGCCCCUGUGUGGAGUGUAAAAUCUUCGGUAGCGAUGUCAUCUCGCCGGAGGAAUGCGAUAAGUGCACGGUGGCCGUUGUCAUUGACAGCGAGCUGCCCAAUGUGAAUGUGUCCAAUCUAUGCGUGUUUCCCGGCGGCUUCACCAACUGUUCAACAUCCUACAAUUUUGUUUACGAGACCCUGGGCAACGGUACUGUGUUGGUUCACCUACAAGACCAACCAAGAGAGUGUGAUCCAAAUGGAGGCGGGGGCGACAACGGUAAAACUCCCAUUGCGACUGACCCUACGUCAGGCGACAUUCUCAUCCUCGUUCUCAGCAUCGUGGGCGCCAUUGUUUUCAUAGGGGUCAUUCUACUUAUCCUGUUGAGACUUCUGACGUAUCUGCACGACAAGAGAGAGUUUACUCGAUUUACGAAAGAGCAACAAUCGGCAGUCUGGGAUGAGGCGCAAAAUCCAAUCUACAAGCCCUCUACGUCGACCUAUGUCAACCCACUCUACGGAAAAUAAUGACAGACCACCAAUGGCAGUCCACGAGCACGCUAGCCUGAACGUCUGACGUCAUUCUUCAAGGCUUGUGAAUAACGCCAGAGACCGGCAUCAAAAACCGGAGUGUAGUUUUACCUUUGACCUCCCUCAUUUAACAUAGAGAUAAGCGACGUGACAGGCGGCAGUUUACUGCAUGUGAAAACUCAUGUCACUGCACGUAUCCAAUGAUAUCAUUGUAUCCAAUGGAAUCACUGGAUUUAGCGGUGGGGACCUGUCUUUAUCCUUGCGGAUAAAGACAGGGGCCCAGUCACUACACGCACACAGGCUUUACAGAGUGUCUCUGUAAUGGAAAACUUGCAAAGAGGGUGGCAGCAGACAUUCUUUCCACCGCUCGGGUAGUUCUGAUCAUGUGCACAUUUCAAAGAAUACUUGAUUUGCCAAGUAGGUCUGCUGCCACCUAGAGACCAUGCAAGUGUAUGUUUCUUUAUUGAUCACGUGAGAGUGUUUUGUGGAUGCGGCAAGGAACUUGGGAUAUGACGUCACAGACUAAUGGCGGUCAAGGGUCACUUAGCAUGGUCAGCAUUAACUUUUAUGUGUCAAAAUGAGAGGACAUGCUCGACUUGCCAACGAAAUGCUGUAUUAAUAAUAAUGUUGCAAUGAAUGUUUUGAAAUAUAACAAAACUCAAUCUGAAAAAAGGGUGUAUUUAAAAAAAAUGUCGAUUGUGCCGAAGUUUCAUCCCAUAUAAGACUGAGAACACAGUAUUAGCAUUGCUAACCAAAACAAACCGCUUAGCAAAUGUGCGUAAGAAUAGAGGCUGUUGAGAGAUAUUUUUUUAAUGUUGAGUAGAACCAAAGCGCUUCCUGAAGUCUUACUUUUCAGUUUAUCUUUGUUUUUGGACAUAGUCCGUGUAACUAUAGCUGUUUGAAAACGUCAAAGAAAAAAAUAUUAUAUCAUACGAGUCUAACAAAAUUGUAGAUAGUUAAUAUUACGGUCUAAUCAUUAAUAUUUUACUAAUUGCCAACGCUCCUGAUGUUGUUGUUUAAAUUUGUAUUUAAAAGUCCUUUUUAUAUAUUUAUGAAAAUUAAUGCCAAUAUUAUUCUAACAUUUCGGCAGCAGUGGGGGGUUUGCCUCCUUCGUGCAUACAGAAAGCUAAUAUUAUUAUGUCAUUGUUGUUAAUGUACUAAAGGGCCUUUUCCAUAUAUAUUUUUUAUUAUCGACGAUGUGACCUGUGACAUCACAUGUUUACAAAAGAGCCACAGAGCCUGGAAACCAUGCAGGCACGAUUUGUACACAGAAAAAAGCCUAAUGAAAGAAAUCAUCAAAUCGUAUAUUUUACGGAGAUUGCACUGUCUAAUUCCUAAACUUAUCCAGCUUUUAAAUUCAUAAUUCUUGGAUUUAUGUGGAAAUUAUGACACAAAAUGUCAACUUUCCCAUAUGACCUGUGCAGUAUUGUGCCUGCCAGAAUACUCAAAGAAUGUACAAGGUCACUUAUUGUAAACAAAGUUCACAUGGUCUAUAUAGGCUCAUGGGUCCGGCUUGGGCUCAGGCCUCAUCACACUGAAAACAUGGGUGUUAAAACUGUGUUUAACAUAAUGGUGUUAAAAAUAACACCAAUGUUAUUGUUUUUAAAGGCAGUGGACACUAUUGGUAAUACUCAAAAUAAUUAUUAG